AACAGAUGAAACAAUUUUUUGGUAACUUUUGAUACCAAAUUUCUGCAAUAAUUGUUUAAAUUGCUGUUUUGCAUAUUACUAACACAAAAAUUCUUAGUGACAUACUAAAUUAUUUGAAACAAUUUAAAAGAAAAUGUAAAUAUAAAUAUUGUUUGAAAAAUUAAAAGUAUUGAAAAUAAUUGCUGUAAUACUAAAUAAAUCGGAUAUAACCAUUGGUCGGAACUCAAAUAUACCACCAUUAUUUGAUUGGUUAUGUUUUUAACGCGUAGACGGAAGUUCUUUAAAAGUAAGAAUUGCUGACAGGCGCAUACCGAUUGUCUGCACUUAAAAGACAAAUUAUCAUUAAAUUUUUAAAUAACGAAAAAAAAAUUGAAAAGGAAAAAAUAACUGUACUCCCAUAUCUACAAUCAAACAAUCACACGUUUACAGUUUGACGUAAAGUGUAUAUAACAAGCGCAUCUGCAUAUUUAAUCCAAAUAGUUGAAGAAUUUAGAACACCUGUUGUAAUUCCCAAAGUUUACACUUCAGAACUUCUUAAUUUGUGUGGCAUAACAGUCAUUGUUAAAUUUGGCUGUUACAUUCAAUCUUCCUCAAACUAAAUGUUGGGUUAUCAUUGAAACGUUCACCAGGUCUAUGAAAUUUGAUGUCAUUAAACAAAAAUUUUCCACCAUUGACUGAUAAUCCUCCCGCAACUUCACCUCACAAUUUACAAAAAUAUACAAACUUUUAUACAAUGUACGAAUCAUAUAAAUUCUUAAACGUCAUAUUCCGUGCUUCAGUCAUUCCGGGAGCAUUUAUAUUAAUUUGGCUGACUGGGAUAAUCUCACUUACUGUGGUACAACUAUGUAUGCUCGUAUUCCUCAUAAUAUUCGUUGGAUUCCCAUUAAUAUUCCGUUAUUCUAUAACAUUACAAAGAGGGAUUCUGUUUCUCACGUUUAUUACAUAUCCCAAAGAUCUUGACCUGUCAAACCCAGCCAGUGUGGGGCUGUUUGGUACGAGAUCGCUUAAUCUUAGUGUGCUUGAUCCGGAUGCUGAGGAGCGGCAUGAUGGAGUGCGUAUUGGUGUCUGGCAUGUGCUCCCGUUACACUUAUCUAAACGCUUUGCUAAAGAACUGAAAAUCGAUACGGAAACGCACGAUGAAUUGAAGAAUACAACACUUGACGAAGACGAUGUGUUAGACAAGCUAAUGCCCAUUCUCAAAUCGGAAUUCCCCGAAGUAACCGCGGAGAAUGAAGCACUAUUUUACGAGCGCAUGCUGAAACUUCCUGGUACGAUUGUUCUUUAUCUUCAUGGCAAUACCGCUUCUCGUGGCUCGGGACAUCGUGUUGAGAUGUACCAACUUCUCCGAAAACUUGGCUGUCAUGUAUUGUCUUUGGAUUAUCGAGGUUAUGGAGAUUCCGAUCCCGUUUCACCCACCGAAGAGGGAAUCGUUCGCGAUGCACUAACAGUUUACGAAUAUAUCAGAAAUAUAACAACAAAUCCUGUAUUCAUAUGGGGUCAUUCUCUGGGCACAGGAGUUGCAUGCCAUUUGUGCUCACAGCUAAGUUUAAAUUUCAAAAUGGAUCUACCACGUGGAGUGGUUUUGGAGGCGCCUUUUACGAACAUCCGUGAUGAAAUAAGAUUGCAUCCAUUCGCUAGGCCCUUUAAAGAUCUGCCUUGGUUUGAUUUGACGAUUGCUCGUCCUAUGUAUUCGAAUAAGUUACGCUUUGAAUCGGAUCAGCAUAUAGGAAAAUUUCGGCAGCCGGUGAUGAUACUCCAUGCGGAAGAUGAUUAUGUUGUUCCAUUCGAACUUGGUUACAAACUGUAUCGAACUGCUCUGGAUACGCGUGAAAAAGCUUGGGGACCUGUUGAAUUUCAUAGAUUCCAUGGCGAUGCAGGCUACGGACAUAAGUUUCUUUGCCGUGCGCCUCAACUGCCUGAACUAGCAAAGCAAUUUAUCGAGACUUAUCGCAACGAAGAUUUUUACAAGCUUUAAAAUGUUUGAAACGUUGGUCUCUGUUAUUUUCUCCAUCCAGUACACACUGUAGAGUAUUUAAGGAUCUACAGCCAGGAACCAAGUCACUCAAAAGCUAUAGCCUUAUUUAGCAGCUACAGGAAUGCCGUUCAUUUCACACAGAAAAAUAUGUAGAAAACGUUUUGUCAUAGAUUUGUGUAUAUGCAUAACAUAUACAAUAAUGAUUUUAGUAUUAUUCGCGAAAAUUAGUUACACAUAUUUAUAUGAAGAUAUUUAUUAGACAGUUGCGGGUGUAAUUAUUUAUGACAGUUUUAGAAUACAUCCAACAUCAUAUGCACGUAUGUAUGUAUGUAUAUAUACGAUUGUAUAAAAGGGCGAUAUUUAGAGAGUGCAUUAAUAUUGGUCAAACUGUGAAAUUUUGUAUUCUUUAUUAUUAUUGCAAGCCGUGAUUAUGCCUAGGAGUAUAACUAUUACCAAAAGGGUAAAAUAAGCAUAAUAACAUAAAAUUUUUUUUUUUUGUAAAUAAAUAAACUUACAAAUACAAAAUUUA